CAGGACUUUUAGCAAACAUACUUCCCGAUCGCGAUGGCAACACCCUCCUUCAUCAAGCUGCAAAGUUAUCACCAUCCCCUCAACUUAGCCAAUUUCUUGGUCCAGCUCUACAGAUGCAGAGAGAGCUACAACGAUUUAAGGAAGUGGAGAAGAUGGCACCUAUGUGCAAAGGAUUAGUAAACAAUAAGAACCAAACUCCAAAAGAUUUAUUUGAUAAGGAACACAAUGACCUUAAGAAUCAAGGACGAGACUGGUUGAAGGAAAUAGCAACAUCUUGUUCAGUAGUGGCAACCCUGAUUGUGACUAUAAUGUUCGCUGCGGCAUUCACAGCUCCAGGCGGCUAUAAAGAGGAUACCGGCAUGCCUACAUACUUGCGAUCAAAAUACUUUAGUGCUUACAUAAUUUCAGAUGCAUUCUCAUUGUUCUUUUCCUGCACUUCAGCUAUGAUAUUCUUGGGGAUUCAUACAUCGCUUUUCAGAGAAGAAGAUUUCCUAAUCAGGUUGCCGCUGGCUUUGAUGUUCGGCCUUUUCACUCUUUUCCUCUCCAUUGCAACGAUGUUGGUAGCUUUCGGUACUGCUCUAGUUAUAAUGUUGCGCGAGCGCUUUGUGUGGAUCUCUAUACCACUGCUUAUGCUAGGAAGUAUUCCAGUCAGCAUUUAUGCAAUACUGCAUGUUCGGAUCUUCUUUCACGUUCUCCGUUUGACCUUCCGAAACCCAACAAAUUGAGAAACUAUACAUCAGAGUAUGCCGAAGA